AUGAUGUUCACCAAGACUCUCGGCCUUGCUGCCCUUUUCUCUGCUGUUGCCUCCGCCCUGCCCCAGGACAUGAUGGUCCGCCGUGAGGGUAUGGUCCGCCGUGACGGCGGUGGUGUCAAGAUCACCAACAACCUCGCACAGGACGUCUACGCUUGGUCCGUUGCUGGCGAUGUCGGCCCCAUGCAAACCAUCCCGAGCGGUGGUGGUGUCUACUCCGAAUCUUGGCGCACCAACCCCAACGGCGGUGGUGUCUCCAUCAAGCUGUCUCUUGACCCCGAGCAGCACGAUAUCCUCCAGUUCGAGUACACCGAGUCUGGUGACACCAUCUUCUGGGAUCUUUCUUGCAUCAACAUGGAGUCUGGCAACCAGUUCACAGACAAGGGCUUCUCUGUCCAGCCUUCUGAUGAGUCCUCCACUUGCCCCAAGGCCAUUUGCGCGGCUGGUGACACGGCUUGCUCUGCGGCCUAUCUCCAGCCCACUGAUGACCAUGCCACUCACGGCUGCCCCAUCAACACUGCUCUUGAUCUGAGCAUUGGCGCUUAG